UCUCCGACAUGUUAGCUUUCAAACAGAAGGAGAAUGAAAAAAUUGACAUAUCUUUACUAUUCUGAAAUUAAACAAUAAUGAAGUUAGCAUACCGUUAGGUUCGGCCAAGACCCGUAAUUUCUCAAGUUUAUGUGAGGUUUCGUGGACAAUUGAUGCAUUUGUAGUGGAGUAUAGUCGAGGUCUUGUCAGCGCGGGAACAAAAUAUUUCGUUUCCAGCACCACCAGAAAACAGAUUGUUACUGUUACUAGUGUUAGCAGAAACCUGUCUGUACGUUAUGGACGAUUAGUCUAAGAGCUGACGAAUCACACUUCGUGAUAGAACAAGAUUAGAUCACCUGUAAUCAGUGGUCUUCACAUAUUGAAAUGGCUUCAGCUGUCUAUGAUUUGGAUGCCAAAGGAGGGCUCAUGGAGCAAAUCCAGGCCAUGGUGGCUCCACCUAUGAGUGAAGAAGCACAAAAGAAAAUGAAAAGGCAGGAGCGGUCUCAUCGACCAAGAUACCGACCAGGACGUGCAGUCAACAGAGAUUGUUGCGACAGCUGUAAGGAGGGAGGUGACCUGAUAUGCUGUGAUAGAUGUCCUGCCUCAUUUCAUCUACAGUGCCAUGAUCCACCACUUGAGGAGGAGGAUUUACCUUUAGGCGAGUGGUUGUGCUAUCGUUGUAAAGUCACUCCAGUCGUGGUUGAAGACGAUACUCUAUCAACAUGCAGCACAACCAGUAGAAGCAGCACGAAGACAAAGUCAAAGGACAAAAAUGGGAACAACCCUGCAUUAGAAUUGGAUCUUUCCAAUAGUAUGGACAAGGUCAAGUCAAAAGUAAUGCACAGGCACCAGGAGAAAAUGAUGGACAGGUUGUCGGACGCGAGAGAUAAGGCGGGCGACAACAAAUGUGAAUCUCACGCCACUGAGAGGAAACCACCGAAGGAACGCGCGUCGGAACGAAUAGCGCAGAUGCAGCUAGAGAAGUGCUUGCAGGAGAAGGCUGCAGCACAGGAGCCGCCCGAAGAGGAGGAGGAGGACGACUCGCCGCUAGGCAUGCUGAUCCGUGCUGCUAAGCUUCGAAAUCCGAGACAGUUUGAUCUGCCUGGCCACCUGACGUGCACAGCUUCCAUACCGGGUACGUACAAGCCGAGAAUGAGCUGUAGCAAUGGUCGGCUAAAGAAACUGCCACACGAGUUUGACAAUAAUGGACUUGUGCCUCUUCCUGCCAAAGUCUGUUUUAUGUGCAACAAGAGCUGCCGAGUGGGUGCCUUACUGCAGUGUGACUACUGCCCGCUGCUGUUUCACCUCGACUGCCUCGACCCUCCACUACCCUGCAUGCCGACCGGUCGAUGGAUGUGCCCGAACCAUGCAGAGCACGCCGUCGAUGAGCACGUCUUAUGGAGCUGCAGCCUCACGGAACGUGUCAAGUUGUGGAACAAGUACUGCGGACCGGUGAAUCAGCACUCGAUCAAGAUCGACUUCCUGAAGAAAAUACACCGGAAGCAUCCGCCGUUCAGGUACAAGGUGAAGCACAGUGGACGACCGGGAGUGAAGGUGCCCCAGUCUAUCAAGGAUCACUAUCACACGCCGCCUCCAUCACUGCCACGAGCUAUGCACAACAUGGACACGUCUCCCCUGCAGGUGCCCGCCUGCAGUACAGACGAUCUCUCAGCACGACUCUCGUUAGAAGAGCAAGAGCAGUGGCUAUCCAGUGUCGUUUACCUGCAGAGCAGUAUAGCGCACUACCUAGCUCAGAAGCAACUCUCAAGGUGCGAAGCGAAGCCGGUAGCUUCAUGCGCCGUCGCUCCCCCGUCGUCGCCCUGCGACCAGCAGAAGUCGAACGGCGGCGAGCCGGUGUUGGUGAACGGCACUCUACCGCCGGACGCGUCGUCGUCGUCGCCACCGGGAGCGCCACCGAAGCUGCGGCCUGCUUCCGUCUCGCUGCUGCCAAACAGCGACGGCAGCACCGGCGACCGGACGCGAGUCGAAGCGGGCGGCGCGGCGGCGGCAAACAUUCCAGGCAAGCAGGUGCCAAUGGUAGCGAACAGCGCAGUGCCGCCCACGUUGAAAACACCGACCCAACCGAACCAGAUUCAGGGCGUGGCUACACGGCUAUUGCCUUCUGCCACACCCAAGGUGAGUGCUGGGUCGUCUGCGUCUGUGCUGAGUAGCACCAGGGUAGCGACCGUAGCCCCACAGGCGCAGCCAGGGAGGUUACAGACGCGCGUGCAGACCACACUGCCCUCUGGUACGAGGGUUGUCACGGUGACCACGCCUGGGCAAGGCAAGAUCAACUUGUCGGGUUCCAGCAUGCCUCAGAAGAUGAACAUAGCCGGAGCUCUGAGCUCGUCGCCUGCGAUACUCAACCUAAACAAGCAGCUGCAGGCGUCGAUAGAAGGCAUCGGCGACGUGGAGCUUGGUCGGCUGGACGAGAGGCUGGUACAGAUCCUCGCCUGGCAGCGUCUGCAGCAGCUGCUGCCUCAGAAGUCUGCGCCGAAGAAUGGAGCCACCACGGCAUCUCUAGAGUCGUCCAAGGUGCAAGCACGUGCGAUGGUGUGUCCCCUGACGGGGAAGGGACAGCCACACUCCAUGGUAUACCGAAGUCUCUCUAUAGGCACAGGAGCUGAUAUGGACCUGUGCCUAACCAGUUACGGGCAUUGCAAUUUCAUCUCAGCAAAACACGCCUGCAUAUUCUAUGACGAGACGACCAAGCACUACGAGCUUCUCAACUACAGCGAGCACGGCACGACCGUCGACAACGUGCUCUACUCCUGCGACUUCUCUGAGAAACCGUACGUCGUCGCGGCGACGAGCAGCCUCGUGCAGGACGUGCGGCAGGCGAUAAAGCGUGGGCAGCGGCGGAAACGCAAGCUGGUCGAGCAGGAGGAGGCGGGCAGGAAGGAGCAGGUGACGAAGAGACUGACGAUGAGUGCCCCGAGCUCAGAGAUCCGGAAGCCGUGUUCGUGCAAGGGAAGCAGUUCCAGCUUGAUAGGGGGAAGCGGUGCUGGCUGGGAGGGAACGGCACUGCUUCACCACGGCAGCUACAUCAAGUGUGGGUGCCUCCAGUUCGUCUUCAGCAUAACAGACUACGCCACCAAGGAGAUGGGUGACCAGUAGCGCCAUCUGUCUCUACUACGUCUACAGUCGGUCGGGAGUGCGCGUUCCGUACAGAGACGAGGACGCUUAUACCCCGGCUGUGCUGCUUGUCGACAAUCAAUCAGUCGUUGCAACUCUUUUAGGGAAAGUGUUUUAUACCAGAGAUCAUGUAGUAGACGUCAGUGAUUGCCAUCGUGUGUGGCGCCAUCUACUGGACUGUGCACGCACUAGUGAAGCCACCACUCUGCAAGUCAGUGUCAGGGACUGAGUUAUCAAUGUAGAUAUUUUUUACUUCGUGGGUACACGACAAGUGCUAUGUAAAUGGCGUGUAAAUUUUCCCUUCUCCGCCAACUGUAAAUUGGACGUACGCUCCUGAUUGUACAUAUUGCCGUCGGUCUCUCGUGUGUGGAGCGUGAAAAUGCACAAGCAUGUUUAUUGACUUCCAGUGCGUGUACGCCAUAGUUACCAUAUGUGCGAGGUCCUCAUCACUAUUGGCUGCGACAUAGGCGAGCUAUUUUUGAAUGAUGGAGGGGCUUGUGUUUUGUAUUUUACUGUAUAGCAGAUUGGAAACUGGCAACAGUCUGCUUUCAUUUCAUCUAUAAAAGAUAUUACAUGGAAUAAAAAAGAGGAAGUGGUUGGUACUGGUUUUUUGUCACCAGCUCCCAAUCACUUAACUAAACCAAGCUUGUGGCAAGUGGUUUGCUCACAAUUAAUAGCGAAAUCCUGUUUGAUUGGACCAACUACCCUUAUCCAGAUAUAGCUAUUGUUAACUGGCAUGCAUGGGUGCAUGUGACACCGUGGUUCUGUAUAGUUUCUGUAUUUAUCGUCUGUAAAGGUUUGAUGUAUAGUGUUCAAUAUGGUAUAGUGGAAAAACUUUAUAUCAAAAUUAUAUCCACAUAAAAAUUCUCCCUAGAGUUAAGAUGGCUUAUAACAUUCUUAUGCAAGUGAAAACCAAUAUUUACGUGUUUGGUUAUAGGAAAGCAAUGGCCACUAAAAUAAUUGAGCCCCCUGGUGUUAAAGUAAUUUACAACAGUGUCAUUGAUACAUUGGACUGUCCUUUCCUCCUGUUACCCAAGUGUUACCAAAUGCUUGGUAUGUUUUCUGUCCACAUAUGCCUACUCAGUUGGGCAAUAUUGUAAAGUUUUUUUGACCAUAUUGAAAGAAUAUAUUGUAUUGAAAUUUUUAUUAAAAAAUGUUAAAUUGAUUGAAUAGAAAA